AUGUCAAAAUAUUUGGAAAGAAUACAGGAUAUAUUAAAAAAUGCAGAUAGUAAGAAGAUCACAGAUAAAAGAAAAUGUGUUUUAGAUCUAUUAGAUAUAUAUGAAAAUGAAGAAGCAAUAAUAGAAAUCUGUAGAAAUACAGAAAAAAAAACACAAAAUAUUAUAAAUUGGUCUUAUAUAUUACAUAUAGUUCAUAAAAUAUUAUUAAAUGAAACAGAUAGACUUGCUUGUAAAGAUAUUAAUAGUAAAACAGUAAUUACUGAACGACAAAAUACAUGUAUACUCGUACAAAAAACAUUUCAAUAUGCAAAUUGUCAUAAAAUACCACUUUUAAAAUGCAAUGAUAUAAUGCCUUUAAUUUUGCAAGUUUUAGGCACAGAUAUAUAUAAGUAUUAUUAUGAUACUUAUAUAAAUGUAUUAAUUUCUUAUAUUCUUCCAUUUAGAAUAUAUCAAAUAAAUAUGCUUCCUAAAUACUGGGAAGAAUUAUUAAAAAUAUGUAUAAAUUUAUAUAAUCAUAUGUCUUCUGUUAUAAGUAAGAGAACUGUUUUAGAUGCUUUACAAAUGAUUAUUCAAUAUGGUUGUUUGCAUACAAAUUUAAUUUUGAAUAUAAAAGAAGUAUUAUUGUUUUUAGAAAAUAUUUUCUCUGAUGUAAAAAUAAAUCAAGAAAUUUUAGCUGAGUCUAGUUAUAAACUUACAAAUACAAUAUGUCAACAAAUUGCAAUAGAAUAUAGAAUUACACUGUGUCAUUUUAGUGAAAAUAUUUUAUCAAAUAUAAUCAGCUUAAAAGGUUCUAUUGAAAAAUAUAAACUUUUAUUACUUUUUAUAAAAAUUCAUCAUCCUAAAGGGGCAUGUAAAACUGAUGAUGGUGCCUAUGCUUAUAAUUGGGAAAAAUGGUAUACAGUACUUAAAAGUAUGUAUCUAAUGAUUUUGAAAGAUUUUAAAGCAGAUAUACUUUCAAAAAGUUUUCUUCGUCUUGCAACUGAAGUUUUUAAACAAAUAUUAGAAAAUCCAGAUUUAAUUAUUGAAAAAAAAUUUAAUGAAUAUGAUUAUAUACAACCAAUAAAACGUAGACGAAUUGUUGCUAAAAUAAAUGGACCAAUUGACAUGCUUAUUAAUAGUAGUCCAGAAGAAGCUUGGCCAAUGAUACAAGUUUUAACAAUGUUAUUUGAACAAUAUCCUAAAUGCUUAAAAUCAGAAGAUUUUCCAAUGUUCCUAAAAAAUUUAGUAGAUCUUUUUACAUUAUCUUGCAAAGAAGAAAAUAUUAUGGACAAUUUAUAUGAAUUAGCUGCAGUUCUAUUAAUGAAUGAACAAACAUUUUCUAUAACAGAUGUAGAAAAUUUAAAUAUUUAUUGGGAUAAAAUAUGGGAUAUUUUAUUAAGAUCUUUAAACAUAAAUCAGAAUGAAAUAUCAACUCACAAACUUAUGCAACUCUUUAUAAUACAUAAUAAGAUAACAAAUCCAAAUAUACUUUUAAAAUUAUAUUUUACAAAUGUGAUUAAAUGGUCAAUUAUGAGUUUGCAUACAUUAACAAUAAUUUGUGAACAUUUUGCUUUAUCUAUUGAUAUUACAAUGUUUAAUAUAAAUAUGUACUCACCAACAACAAAUUCAAAUUGUAUUAGGUCAUGUCUUAUAAAAUGGAUAUUAAAUAUUCCCUGGCAUAAAAUGGCAACACAAAUAAAAAUUGAUGAAUUAUGUUUAUUACUCAUUAACAUUACAUUAAAAAUAAAACCUGAAAAACAAAUAAAAUUCAAAAAAUAUAAUAUUAAUAAGUCAUGUGAUUGUUUAAAAAAUGAACAAAAUACUGAAUUAUUUUAUGAAUAUAUUGAAGAAUGUUAUUUAUUAUUAACAUAUAAAAAAAAUUUAUUUACUGAGGAAAAAAGAAAAAAUACUGAACAAAAACCAAAAAGAAAUGAACAUAUAUUAUACAUGCAAAAUAUUGUAAAUUAUUUAAUGAAUAGUUUAUAUGUUAUUAUCAAUGAAAAUGAAAGUGAUGAUCUUCAUGUAAUUAUAAUAAAAAUUACAAUUAUAGCAAAAAUUAUAUCAAUAAUGAGACAAUUAAAUAUGAUAUCUAAAAACAUUGAAGAAUUAUCUUUAAUGCAAGCAAUGAAAAAUUAUUUACAUAUUGUUUAUGGUUUAUUAGAAAAUAUAGAUCCAUCAAGAAGUAAAUAUAUUUAUCUUUAUAAUGUAACAAAAGCACUUAAUACAUUAUAUGAAACAUCAUAUGAUAUUGAUGUGGCAAAAAUAAUUGUUACAUCUGCAACAUUAGAUAUGUUAAAAAAUAUAUUUAGUUUAAUGAAUAUUGAAGAUCAUGAACUUAUUGAUUAUAAAACAAAUAAUGAUUAUUAUAAUGAUUAUGAAUCUCUACAAAAUAGACGUAAAUAUCUAGAUAGAGAUAUUAUACAAAAAAGACAAUGUAAUUUUUGUAAUGAAGGUACAAUUAGAAUACAAGCAACAAAAGCUUUAACUUUAUUUUGCUGUAUAAAUACAGGACAAGAAAAAUGUGAAAUUCAAAUAAAACUUAUGAAUAAUUUACUUAAUAUUAACAUGUAUGAUCUUUCACAUACAGUUGAUUUUAUAAUGGCUAUAACAGUUUUAAAAUCUUCAGCAAAAUAUGGUAAAGAAGAAUUAUGGAAAAAUCACAAUGAACUACCAUUGAAAAAUUUAUUGAAAUUAUAUAACGAAUGUUAUAAAGAUGAAAUGGUUAUCCGUUAUAUAUUUGAUAUUCUACCAUAUUUUUUUAGUUAUGCUUUAAGUCACAAUUAUAAAAUAGAUAAUUUAAUGGAUAUUAUUAUGCAUUUUAAUAAACUUCAAUCGGAAAAAAAAUAUGGUUUUAUUGCUCAUAAAGAUUUUAUUAAAUGCCUCACAGAAAUUAUUUAUAUUAAUCCUUCACAUUUUUAUUAUAUUACACACAAUGCUUCGAAUCAAAUGCCAAUAAUUGAAGGAAUUUUAAUAUCUCUUAAUAGUUCUUCAUUUCUUGUACGAUUACAAAUAAUUAAAUGUAUACAAAAUAUAUAUUCGAUAAAAACUAUACCUUUUAAAUGGAAAGAAAUGUUAUUUAAACAAAUAGAAGAAUCAAUAAAUAAGUUAAUUAUUAACAAUGAAUCAGAUGAUAAAGUGAAAACAGAUAAAAAAGAAAUUAUAACAAGAAGUACUUUAUUAAUGCUUGGUGCUAUAAUAUCUGCCAGUGGAACAUUUCAAUGUCAUGCUUUAUUAACAAUGUUACGCUUUAGUAUUGACAAAAAAGUAAAUAAUCAAAUAAUUUCAAAACCAAUAAAUAUUAUGGCAAAUCAAAUCGAUUAUUCAAACAUCAUUGAAGACAAUUUAAGUUAUUUAAUGACAUAUUGGUUUAAUUCAAAAUAUUCAUCACAAUUAUUUCCUUGGAAUUUAAUAAUAAAUUCCAGUAAAUCAGAAGAAGAAUUUUAUAAAAUAUAUAGUGAUACAUUAACAUUUAUUAAAUUUCAAAGUUUAGAACUUUCUAGUACUAUUUCUUUUUGCAAUUCCAUUAAAUUAUCAUUUGAACAAAUCAGUGAGAAUAUUUUUCCACAAAUUUUAUCAUGGUUAUUGUAUUGUAUUAAUGGAAAUAAUGGAAAUAUUUCAAAACAAUUAGCAUGCAAAAUAUUUCAUAAAUUAGUAUCAAAUCGAGAUGAAUUUGUCAAAAUAAAAAAAUUUUCUAAUUUAUUUAAAGAUAAAUUUGAAGAAAUAUUAAUAUUUCUUAUUGAAAGAUUACAUGAUGAAGAUUAUCUUGAAGAAAUAUUAGAAGAGAGAAUAUCAUUUCCUAUAUCAGAUCCACCUCAUUUUAAAAAAGAUAUAAUAAUUGAUUGCUUAAAGUAUAUGGAAGAAAACUUUUUUACUGAAAAAAUGUCUAUACAAUAUGUUUUAGUUUGUAAUUGUCCAAAUAUAUUGCAAAAGAUAUUAUUACAUUUAACUCAUAAUAUUUAUAAAAAAAAAUUUGAGGAAUAUAAAAUAAAAGCUUUUCAUCAGUAUAUUUUUUUUUGUACAUUACUUAUUAAAGAACUGAAAAAUGAUUAUUUUAAUACAUUAUCCAUGUAUGUUAUAAAAGAUAUUAGUUAUACUUUACUUCAUAUAAUUAAAAUAUAUGAUGAUAUUCUUCGUAAAUUGGCAUGUAAAUAUUUUUAUAAAUUUAUAAAACAUGUUUUAAAUAUAAGAUGUGAACAAAUCAAAGAAAUUUUGAACUUCACUGUUAUAACUUUAAUUCCUAUAAUACAAACGGAAAACAUACCUAUAAGUUUAGAAAUAUUACAGUUCUUAAUAAUUGAUCAAAAAGAAAUAUUAUAUGAUGCAAUAGAGAAGUUAAAUUUAUUUCCAAAAGAUCCCAUUUUUUUAGAUAUACGAAAUAUACAUUAUAAUUUGAAAUAUAAAGCAAAAAAAAUUUGUAGUUUGGAAGAAGAAGUGCAACAUUUUUUGAAUACAACAUCUGAUGAAUGUAUACAUUAUAGUGUAGAAGAUGUUGCUCAUUUACACAUACAAUUAUCUACAAGAAAAGAAGAAUUACGAGAAUUAUAUGAUAAACUUGAAAUAUUUCAUGGAUUUUUUAGUAAUUGUACCUCAAGCAUAUUGUAUCAAUUGGUGUAUAAACUUAUAAAAUUAACAGCAUCUUCUGAUAUAAAUGUUUCACUCGAAGCCGUAAAAUGUUUAGGUGAUUUAGGUCCAAUUGAUUUGACAUCAAUGAUAUAUUUUGAAAAAAAUCAUGUUAGAGAAUCUUCUGAUUUAAUAGAAAUAUUAUCAUAUAAAAUAGCAAUAACAAUGAUACAAUUCUUAUUUCAAAAUAAUAUUGAAAUUCGGAAAAAAAGUGCUAAUGUUCUUUAUGUUGUAUUUUCAUCUUCUUGGGGACAAAAACUAUUGAACAUAAAAUAUAUGGAAUAUUUAAAGACUAUUUUAGAUGAACCACAAGUAUUACCCAUUAAUUAUAUUCAGCCAUUUAUAAGUAAUAAAAAUUCAAAAAUUAAUAACAUUGAAAUAAAUUAUAUAAAAAUGAAUAAUAUUAUAAAUCAAAAUAAUACUAUUUGGACAGUUCAAUCUGAUGGUUCAUAUUCCAGUUGGAUUGUAGCAUUAACAUGUAAUAUUUUAGAAUGUUUUAUAGGAUUUUAUUCUGAAAAUUUAAUCCCCAUUUGUACUUUAAGUACUGAUUUUUGUGAAAUAAUUUUACCGAGAAUUAUAUUUUUAAUAAUUCAUACAGAUGAACAGUUUAUAACUACAUUAUGUUUAUGUAUUAAUAAAUUUUUUGAAUAUCAUUUUAAUUUUACAAUAGAAACAAAUAAUACAAAAUUUAUAAAUUGUGAUCAUUGUACUGUACGUUGUAUGUUAAAUAUUGUGAAUUAUAUUAGAAUGCAAAUUUCAAACAAUAUUUUAAAAUUAAAUUAUAUAUAUAUUGCAAAAGCUGCCAAAUAUUGUUCAGCAUUUUUUACUGCAAUAUUAUAUGCAGAAAUGUCUUGUGAAACUAUUUUAAAUGAUUAUAGUAAAUUUAAUACUGCUUCAAAAAUUGAUUUUGUUUAUGAAUUGUCACCUGAACAAGGAAGAGUAAUACAAAACAUACUUAGAGAAUCUUAUGCAAAAAUAGGUGAUUUUGAUGCCAUUAAUGGUACUGGUUCCUCACAUUUAUUAGAUUAUUCUUCUCGUAUUGAACAUUAUAUUCAUACAAAUGAAUGGAAUAAAGUAAUGCUUGCACAAGAUGUUGAACUUUCUUUUGGAAAUAUGGCAGUAAUCAAAGGUAAAUUUAUAUUUAUCUUUCAGAUUGUGAUAAAGGAUUAUUAUUUAAAAUCUAUAAAUAUAAAUACAUCAAUUGUACAAACUACACAAAAUAUUAAUACUAUUAAAGAUUUACAUGAUACACAAGUAGCAUUAGCUCGUUUUGCUGAUAAUCAAUUUGAGCAAAUUAGUAUAUAUAUGAAAUCUCCUCAAUUUGAAAAUCUAAAAGAAUGUGUUGCAUAUUCUUAUAAAGGAAUUAAUGAACAUUCAAGUACUGAAGAUAAAGAUAUUAGAAGUGCAAUGAUUUUAAAUCAAAGACAAAAUACAAAUGAUGUGGCAGAACUAGAACAUAUACAGAAAGAAAAAAAUAAUUAUUUAAUUUUAGCAUUAAAGUAUUACUUAAUCAUAUUACAACAAAGUGAAAAUUAUAAUUUAUUAAUAUUUAGAGUAAUAGCACUUUGGUUAGAUAACAUACACCAAAAAGAAAUUAAUAAUUUAUUGCAAGAAAAUUUAAAUAAAAUACCAUCUUUCAAAUUUAUUCCACUUGUGCCACAAUUAGCAGCACAUAUGAAUGAUGAUUUUAAUGAAUUUUCUGAAAAAAUAUAUUUUAUUAUGAAACGUUGUGCUUUAGAGCAUCCUCAUCAUACAUUACCAGUAUUAUUAGCAUUAAAAAAUUUAUAUGGUGAUUAUGAUUAUACUACAUUUAAAAAAGGUAAAAUUUUAGAACCAAGAGUUCUUGGAGCUCAAAAAUUAUUAAAAGAAUUAACAAAUUCAAAUUUAAUUCUACAAGAAAUGGAAAAAUUAUCACAUGCUUUAGUUAUGUUAGCCAAUCUUCCAACUACUUCAAAUAAAUCAGGUUGUAUAAUAAAAAUACCAAGAAAUCAAGAAAUUUUAAAAAUUAAAAAUUUUGAAAAUAUAUUUGUACCAACAUUGACAAUUAAUGUAAAACCAUAUAAAAAUUAUAGUAAUAUUAUUGGUAUUACUAAAUAUAUAGAAACAUAUGAAACUGUUGGAGGUGUGAAUACUCCAAAAAAAUUAACUUGUAUUGGUACAGAUGGUAUACAAAGAUAUCAAUUAAUAAAAGGAAGAGAUGAUUUACGACAAGAUGCUGUAAUGCAACAAGUUUUUAAUGUAAUGAAUACAUUAUUAAAAUCUUAUAAAGAUACCAAACGUAGGAAAUUAACAAUUAGAACUUAUAAGGUUGUACCAUUAACACAAAGGUCAGGAAUACUUGAAUGGUGUGAUAAUACAACACCUAUAAUAAAUGUAUUAAUAGGUUCAAAUAAUAUACCAGGACUGCAUAAAAAAUACUAUCCUAAUGACUAUACAGCAAAUUUUUGUAAAGAAAAAUUAGCUGCUGUAGGAAAAUCAUCAACUGAAGUAAAAUUGAAAGUAUUUAUGGAUUGCUGUACUCAUAUGCAUCCAGUGAUGCAUCAUUUUUUUGUUGAAAAAUAUCCAUCACCUGAAACAUGGUUUGAACGCAGAUUAGCAUAUACCCGCAGCAUAGCAACAACAUCAAUGGCUGGAUAUAUUUUAGGAUUAGGAGAUAGACAUUUAAAUAAUAUCUUAAUUGAUCAAGCAACUGCUGAAGUAAUUCAUAUUGAUUUUGGUAUAGCAUUUGAACAGGGAAAAGUAUUACCAAUUCCUGAAACUAUUCCAUUUCGACUUACACAAAAUAUUGAAGUAGGAAUGGGGGUAUCUGGUGUAGAAGGUACAAUGAGACAUUGUUGUGAGAAAACAUUAACAGUAUUACGUGAUCAAAGACAAAUAAUUAUAACAUUACUUCAAGUUCUCUUAUAUGAUCCAUUAUUUAAAUGGAGUAUAACACCUGCUAAAGCACAUGAUAUACAAAGUGGAAUUUCAUCAAGAUUAAUUGAAAAUAAUCAAUAUUCUAUAGCAACUAAUAAGUCAGCAGAAAAAGCUCUUCUCAGAAUAGAACAAAAACUACAAGGUACUGAAGAAGGAUUAAUGUCAAGUGUGUCUGGUCAAGUUGAAAGACUCAUACAACAAGCUCAUGAUCCUAUAAAUCUUUGUCGUUUAUAUUAUGGAUGGCAACCAUAUUUAUAAUAUUUUAAUAAUUUCAUAAUAUUUAUAAAUGAAUACUUUUAUUUAUUAUUUAAAUUAGUUAUUAUUUUGCCAAAAUUUAUAAGAAUUCAACAAUAUUUAUAAAGAAUUAUGAAUAUUGUUUUUUAAAUUUUUUAUUUAUUUAUAAAUUAUUUAUAAAUUAUUAAUAUAAGUUUCAUCAUUUAUAAAAAAAAAAUUUUGUAAAAAAAAAUGUAAAUAUUUAGAUUAUCUAAAAUAUAUCUACAAAGAACUGAAA